CCUACCAGAAACUGUAUUAUACUAUGUACGACAUCGUACCAAGCUUCAUUCUGGACAACUGAGUCGUGAAAACAGACGCAACGAGAAUUUAACCACAUUCAAUCAUGGGUUGCUCCGAUUCUUCUGUGUUGUUGAAAAUUGCCUUUGUAAUUUUACCUCUGGCUUUGGUACUACAAAUUGCUGGAUUAGCGACUCCAAGCUGGAGUUCUAUCACUGCAUCCAUUAAGGGAGUGUCCGCCAGUCAGUCGAUUGGACUCUGGGCAACUUGUGCCACUGAAGCCGGAAAAUCUCAGUGUGUCAGUUAUACCGAUGUGGAGGAUUGGUUGAAAGUUUGUCGGGCGUUCGCAAUAAUCGGUAUGUUAGCAGUUGCUGCUGCCGCCAUCUUGGAAGUGUUGUGCACGGUAGCCCUGUCCAAGGAUUCACACAAGAUAGCCUACAUCUUGGCAACAAUAAUUGCCUUUGUUGGCGCCGGUGCCUGCAUCCUAGCAUGCAUCAUUUGGGCUGCAAAAGUAGGUGACGUGCUUUCCGGACUCGACCUCAGCUAUUCGUUCGCCCUUUCCAUCGUCGCGGGAGGUUUGUCUGGAAUCGGUGGCAUCCUAGUGGCAAUUGAUCUUUGCAAAUAAUUGUUCCAAAUCUGUCAUUUAGUUUAAAAUACUGUUUAUUUUCCGAUAUCAAUAUCAGCUGAUAUAUUAAUCAGUUUUUGAUAAUCGCUAUCAUAAACUGAUCGCAAUUAUUCGAAAUUCUGGAUUUCCUCGAUAAUUGCCAUUCGAGGUAACGUCAGUUAGAUGCACAAAUGCAUGACAAUAAAAGAAAAUGCGUGUGUGCCACUGAAAAAUAUUCAGUUCAAAACCAUAUCCAGCUCCAACUAUCAAGAGGCAUUGAUGCGGUUUAUACACGAACUACCCAUACUACCUCUUUCUUCGUCCAGAAAUGCCCUUUGACCAAGUCAAUUGAUAAAGAGGUCAACAGAUAGCAAACAUUUUGACAGUUAGAAAAUGAUAAAUGAUCGGUAAUGUUCACCUCGUGUAAUGACGAUAGUGACCACGUUUUGUAGGAUUGAUAUAACCUCAAGUGUCUGUGAAUUGAUUUAAGGUUAAGGCACGACUGAUACCACUUGACCCAGUAUGAAUAUCACACAAACCGUAUUUAUGGAUAGCAUUACUUGCACAUGCUAUACAGAACACAAUUCUCCUAAAAGCAGCUUGUAAAUUGUAUUUAUGCUGACCAGCAUUAUUUAUUAUUGUUUAAGGUAUUACGUAUGAUGAUUUUUUUUAUACAUGACAACUUGAUAUGAUAGUGCUCAUUGUUCAAUUAAUUAGUGCCAUGUUUUCCCCAUUGUAUUUGGUUUUUAUUUCCAUACUCUAUUGAAGCUUAAGCGUCUUACAAUCAAAAUCAUGUUUAUCAUGUUUAUCAUUAAUCAUGUUUAUUAUUAUAUCGAAUAAAGUGUCUAAUUGUUUAAAGAAAA